AUGGCCCUAACCUUCCUCACACCCAUGGAACGCGACGUCUUACACAACGUGCGCCGUGUCCGUCGCAGCUCCUUUUUCCGCCCUCUGCUCGACCCGGGUAACCCCAUCUUACUCGUCCACGAACAAGACAUCUCCUCCCUGGAGCGCGUACAACUCCUCACCCGCCCCGUCGGCGAGGCAGAACGCCACCACAUCUUCCGCUCCCUGCAACCGUUCCUGAAACCCGAACAACUCUACCCGCUCCGGAUGCUGCUCUUCGACGGGGCGGCCGUCCAGAUCAGAAGCAACACACAGGGCAGCGGAGUCGAAUCCCCCGAACUCGUCCAGAGACCCGAAACGAUGGAUUUCUUCGAUUACGCGCUGGAUUGGCAUUACAAUAAAGAUCCGAGGCAGGUACGGUAUGAAGACGAUGGUCUUCCGGUGAGGGCCCCGCCGCCGAAGGGGGAGGCUCUGAGUGAGUUGUUUAUCAAUAAAAGGUCUACUGUCGAGGUCGCGAGGAGUGAGCGGAGUAGUGGUGAGAUUUCGAAUUUCCCGGCUUCGUAUGGGAUUUCUGGGACGGCGAAUGAGUUUCAGGGGCCGUACGGAAGGCAGAGUUUUGAUGCGCCGGGACCAAGUCGAUUACGGGGCCGGGGCGAUGAUGGAGGAGGAGUAGAAGACUUCGAUGGACCGAGUUGUUCACGGGAUGAGAGUGAAGAUGAAGGAGGACCGAGUUGUCUGCGUGGUGGAGCAGACGAGGAGGGAGGAGAAUCCCCAGAGCUUAACAACAAGAAAGGCAAAGGCAAAGAAAAAGCGAGAUCGACGAGGAGUAUCUUCGGAGACUUUUUCCGCGGCCGAAAGCCGAAACCACUCGCAGAUGAUGAACGAUUCCCGAAGGGGCUGUGGUGGUUAGCCGGUGGCAACACGCGAAAGGGAAGGAGAAUGCCGACGGGAAAGGAAUUGAGGGAGAGGAAGGAGGCUGAGGAGAGGAAUCGAGACGUUGUGGGCUUCCUGGGAACCGCAAUGGGGAGAAGAGCAGCGCCGAAGCCGAAGGGAGGCGCGAGGGAGAGGACGGAGGCGAAAGGAGGCGAUGCUGAGGGAGGCGAUGCUGAGGGCGGCGAUAUCGGCGAGCACAGCCCACAAGAUGUCUUCAUGUCUGGGGGACUCGGUACGUGAAAUCACCAAGGUCCAUCGAACACCCUCCCGGUUUCCUCUAGGAAGUCUACUGACAUACCCCAGGCUCAUCCACUUCUCUCCCCAAAGCACCAUCUCCAGGACAUGGUCCGCAGAGAAAAGCCGAAGAGGACGAAAGCGAUAUUGGCACGCUCUCCAUAACUCCUGUUGAUCCAGAUACCCCCAGAGCUGAUGUUGCCCGGGCCGAGUGGGAAAUCAGAAAACAACGAACGCGCCAGCAUAUCAGAGCCCCGGACAGUCGAAUCUGACCGGGAGAAAGCGAAUGAAGCGUCGGGUGGUGGCGACAAGGGACCUCAAGACUCGUCCCGCGACGGCAAAAACGAUGACGAAGCUGUGGGAGUGCUUGCUGCUGAUGUCGUCAACCCGUCGACGCCUGUAGCGGAGGAGACGGCUGAUGCUGACGCGAAAUUACCAGCGCCGGACGCAACAGGAACUAUGGAGUCGCCGGGAAGGGCACUCGCUGGAGGCGAGAUAGAUCCUCGGACACAUGAGCAAACGGCAGCAGAGCCUGUUGAGCAGCCGAUUUCGAGACCAGCUCCCUAG